AUGUAUUGUAAUUUAGCAAAGUACACAAUUGAUGAUGGCCAUUAUGAUUUAGAACUCGAUAUUUCGAGUCAUGAAACUUUAGAAGAAAAAAGCAAUGUAAUCCAAGAAAAAGAUAAAGAAAUCCAAGGAAGAUCUAAAGAAAUCCAAGAAAAAUAUAAAGAAAUUCAAGGAAAAUCUAAAAAAAUUCAAAGAAAAUCUAAAGAAAUUCAAGAAAAAGAUAAAGAAAUUAAAGAAAAAGAUUAA